AUGACCAGGAGGAUGGUACAAAUUACUCAACCUGCACUGAUGGGGCGAUAUAAUACUGUUUCUCGCCCUUGCUCCUGUCAGCGCAAUAAGAAGCGAUGCUACUGCUUCAGGCCGAAUAGGAAGGAAAUCUGGCUAUUCUCACGAUACUCGACAGGAUGGCGGUGCGGCCUGCACGCCGACUGGACCGAACUCACAAACUGUGUGGACCAGGAACUAGAUAGAACCGAAGGUGGUCCAGCCAGAAGAAGAUACUUCUAUGUGACCCUGCUUCGUGAGCCUGUUGCUCGUUAUUUGUCGGAAUACAGGCACGUGCAGCGCGGAGCGACGUGGAAGAAUUCCAGGCACUGGUGCAAUGGUCGAAAUGCGUCCAUUCGGGAGCUUCCGCCUUGUUAUACUGGUCCCACAUGGCAUGGUGUGGAUUUGGAUAGCUUUAUGGCAUGCCCAAGUAAUUUGGCUGCAAAUCGACAAACAAGAAUGUUAGCAGAUUUGUCCAAGGUUGGUUGCUAUAAUACUUCAGCCAUGUCGAAGACUGAACGGGAUCAUUUGAUGUUGGAGAGCGCCAAACGCAAUUUAGCGUCCAUGGCUUAUUUUGGAUUGACUGAAUUUUUCAAGGUGGCACAAUACGUAUUUGAAGAAACGUUCAACAUGCGGUUCGCCAUUCCCUUCGACCAGCAUAAUGCCACGGUGUCCAGUGCGGCUUUGAAUUCUGUCACCAGCGAACAAGCACGCAGAAUUCACGAACUGAAUUCAUUAGAUAUCCAAUUAUACGCAUUCGCUAAGAAAUUGAUGUUCCAAAGAUUUGAAAAACUUAAGGCUAAAGAUGCAAAUUUUGAACAAAGGUUCGCCCAUCUCGGCGAACUGGCUAAUCUUCGCAGUGGAGUUACGGAAUUUGAUUGGGAUAAUAAUUUAGAAGAAUUGACGACGCCGUACAAGAUUUUGUAGUUUUUGGAACAAAAUAAUAUAUCUGAUAGAUAUAUCAUUGCUAUGUAGUCAUUUUGCCUCAGAUAAUGAUGCAUCAUUAAAUUUUGGCAAUUUGUUCAUAAUACUUGAUAUAUCCGAAGUCCUGUGAUCAACAAAAUUGUUCACUUGGUUGUAUAUAAAAUUUUAAUAAUA